AUGACGGCCAAAUUCUCCCACGAGAUCGAUAACAGCCCUGAACCAGAAGAUGCUGGCACAAUCAGAGUCACAGCCACGAUCUUUGGCGAAGAUAAAAACUUGACAUUCACGACUCUCUCGCUCGCCAAAGACUUCAUAGAUGAUGAGAACGACGAGUGCAAAAGCAAAGAGGACUUGAAUUACUUCUUGAUGGAAGCUGGAAUCACCAACGAUCUUAUCUGUGAUGCGAUAAUGAAGCUAAUUUUGUAUGUUGAUGAAGUAACUUGUCCCACAAGUAGUGAGUAUUCUCCUGGAUGUGCUUUGAAAGUUCGGCUGGAUCUUGUUCCGAAUUAUCUUGAUGAUGAGUGUCUCAUAAAGUGGGUUGACACCAAUCCUGUUUGUCCAUUGUGUCGUGUCGAGUUACCAUGUGAAUGUGAAGAUCAAUGA